AGCGGACUCUGCGCUGUCCCGGAAGUGACGUACCACCAUCUUUCCGGUGCGGGUGGCGUGCUCUCUCCGGGCCAGCUAGUAGCGCCGUCGCGGCCAUGAGCGUCCCGGCCUUUAUCGAUAUCACCGAGGAGGAUCAGGCUGCCGAACUUCGAGCUUAUCUGAAAUCUAAAGGAGCUGAGAUCUCUGAAGAGAACUCUGAAGGUGGACUUCACAUUGACUUGGCUCAGAUUAUUGAAGUCUGUGAUGUAUGUCUAAAGGAAGAUGAUAAAGGUGUGACAAAAUAGAUAGCUGAUGUGACUGUCUUAUUUGAAAGGAUGUUGAAAGUGUAAUGAACAGUGUAGUAUCUCUGCUUCUUAUCCUGGAACCUGACAAACAAGAAGCUUUGAUUGAAAGCCUGUGUGAGAAGUUGGUAAAAUUUCGGGAAGGUGAGCGUCCAUCUCUGAGGCUGCAGCUGCUGAGCAAUCUCUUCCAUGGUAUGGAUAAGAAUACUCCUGUGAGAUACACAGUCUACUGCAGCCUUAUUAAAGUGGCCUCAGCAUGUGGUGCCAUUCAGUACAUUCCAACUGAACUAGAUCAGGUUCGAAAGUGGAUUUCUGACUGGAAUCUCAGCACAGAGAAAAAACAUACUCUUCUGAGACUGCUAUAUGAUGCACUGGUGGACUGCAAGAAGAGUGACUCUGCAGCCAAAGUAAUGGUGGAACUGUUGGGAAGUUACACAGAGGAUAAUGCUUCCCAGGCUAGAGUUGAUGCUCACAGAUGUAUUGUCCGAGCACUGAAGGACCCAAAUACCUUUCUCUUCGACCACCUUCUUGCCUUAAAACCAGUGAAAUUUUUGGAAGGAGAACUUAUCCAUGAUCUUUUGACUAUUUUUGUAAGUGCAAAAUUAGCAUCCUACGUCAAGUUUUAUCAGAACAACAAAGACUUCAUUGACUCGCUUGGCUUGUUACAUGAGCAGAAUAUGGCAAAAAUGAGACUACUUACUUUUAUGGGAAUGGCAGUGGAAAACAAAGAAAUCUCAUUUGACACAAUGCAGCAGGAACUUCAGAUUGGAGCAGAUGAUGUAGAAGCAUUUGUCAUUGAUGCUGUAAAGACAAAGAUGGUGAACUGCAAAAUUGAUCAGACACAGAGAAAAGUAGUUGUCAGUAACAGCACACAUCGGACUUUUGGAAAGCAGCAAUGGCAACAAUUGUAUGACACACUUAACUCCUGGAAACAAAAUUUGAAUCAUGUGAAAAACAGUCUCCUCAGUCUUUCUGAUACCUGAAUGUUGUGGUUUUUUUUUGUUUGCCUCAGAGCAGAUUCCAAAAACAUUCAAAACUUCAUUUUGACAACUUUUGAAGUUUUUUUUGUCUCCAAAAUAUGUGUAAUUGGUUUUAAGAAAUUAAAGACUCAACUAUGAGCUACAAAAGCAAUAAAAGUAAAAUGGGAAAACA